AUGGCAGUGCUUCUGCAGCAGCUGGCUAAGAGUCUUGGGCAGGCUGGUGAAAUCGAACCUGAAACAGAAGGAAUCCUAACAGAGUAUGGUGUGGAUUUCUCUGAUUUCUCUUCAGAAGUUCUGGAAUGUCUCCCUCAAAGGCUGCCCUGGACUGUUCCGCCAGAGGAGUUCAACAAGAGACGAGACCUAAGCUGUUCAGUUCAGCCGAGUGCUCUCGUACCAGAGGCUGGCAAAUUAUGGCCCACAAGAAAAGACUGUAUCUUCACCAUUGACCCAUCAACUGCCCGGGACCUCGAUGAUGCCCUCUCCUGCAGGCCACUCGCUGAUGGUAACUUCCAAGUGGGAGUGCACAUCGCCGAUGUGAGCUACUUCGUUCCUGAGGGAUCCGAACUCGAUAAAGUCGCCGCCGAGAGAGCUACAAGUGUCUACUUGGUUCAAAAGGUGGUCCCCAUGCUUCCGCGGCUGCUGUGUGAGGAACUGUGCAGCCUCAACCCCAUGACUGACAGGCUGACCUUCUCUGUGAUCUGGACCCUGACCCCAGAGGGCAAGAUCCUCGACGAGUGGUUUGGCCGGACCAUCAUCCGCUCCUGCACCAAACUGAGCUAUGACCACGCACAGAGCAUGAUCGAAAACCCGGCCGAGAAGAUCCCCGAGACGGCGCUGCCCCCCGUCUCCCCGGAGCACAGCAGCGAGGAGGUGCACCGGGCUGUGCUGAACCUACACGGGAUCGCGCAGAAGCUGCGCCGGCAGCGCUUCGCGGACGGCGCGCUCCGCUUGGAUCAGGUCAGUUGGGCUUUUGUGUGCGGCACGACCCGGAGGAGACCGGUGCCUGUGCCCCAGAGGGCGAGCCUGGCAGCAAGGCCGCCCGGGGCGCCUCCUGCCUCCUCCUUCCUGCUGCUAGCACGGGGCUCUGUGACUCUGGGAGGCAGGCAGAUCCAGACUGCUACCCACCCUGCAGGUGCCCCAGGCACAUGGCACCAAGGCGAGGGAUGGCGUGUGUGUGCAGGCGGGGUGCUGUGUGGCCAGAACCCCCCGGUGAGUCCUGUCUGGUUUGACCCUGCAGUUUCUGCCCCGUGUCCCUUUCCCCGGGGACGCAAACGGAAGACGCAGCAGUCUCUUAGACAGCUGAGCAGGGUCUGACCUGAGGCCUCCGGAAAGAGCAUCGCUGCUAGUCGCUGUCUUCCAAAGAGCUGGUGGUUUCCAACUUCCAGACGAAUGUCUGAAGCGGCGAGGGCUGGGGCCCUGGACGGCCAGUGGCUGAAGCGAGUAAGGGCCCGGGAUACGCUGAGCGCUCCCAAGUAGCACAGCCCUGCUGACCGGCCCGGGGGCGGGGACCAGGCCGCUGCCGCUCCCCGCACUUGCACUUCCACGUGGGGGACUGUCCGGCUCCAGGAACUCCUUCUCCACUGCUUGUCAUCAGGACGUCCCAGGGCGAAGCCUGGUUUGUGUCAUGACAGCUUUUUUCUUUCUCAUUUGUAUUUCUAAGCCGAACUCUUCUUCCCUGGUCAUUUUUGUGUGCUGCGGAAGAAUCUCUGUAUGUCUGGAGAACGAGGUGGGCUUGGCUCACGGGGCUGUUUAUGAGACCCCGGGCCUCGGGCUCCUCUCCGGAGCGUCUUUGCUGAGGCCUUCCCUGGCAUGGGCUCGGGUAGCCCGGGCAGGCCUGCCUGAGUCAAAGUCAGGGUCGGUGCUGAGGCAGACAGCAGGCCGAGGAAGGGGGACUGCGGCAUGGGAGACCACGGGGUACCUCCCUUCAAGGAGAGCUUGGUGGGGUGUGAACACUAGUCCUCACUCGCUGCUGGCUGCCUGACCAGCAAGUGCAAGGUUGCUCUGCAGUUCUUGCUUCCUGGACUCGUGUGUCUCCUGUGCCCGCAGGGGCCCAGCUGCUGGGGCAUCUCCCACGGCAUCCUGCCAGUCAGACUUGACUCGCCCUGGGGUCUGCCCCCCUUCCUUGCCCCCCCCUUCUGUGAGUGGACUGCUGCGCUCUCUGCUCACGUGGCCAAGCUCUCCAGCCCUGACCUCCCUCCCCAGCUCUUCUGGUCCAGCCUCAGCGGCUGCGUUCUUGAAUGCUGUGUCUGGUCGCACCACGGCCACCCCAGCCAGGCUCACCCUGGGCUCUAUAGAGCACGGUGCCUGCGGCUCACCACGCAGGCUUCUGCUGCCCAUCCCUCCCCCUCCUACGGGGGAGCAUGUGUGUUUCCCCCUGCUUGGGCUCGUGCAGGAGUUCUGCAGCUUCUCCCGUUGCUGGGUAAACCUGUCAAAUGUGAGCGUGAUAAAGAAGGCUGUGCUGUUUUGGGAGAACCGAAGCUCGCUGUUUUGAAAGGAGGAGUCUUCUGUUCUGUGGGGGCGACAACUGUGAGAAUCGCACUGUGUACUCAAUCACUUCAUGAACGUCUGUGCUCUCAUUCUCCCUUAAAGAAACAGACUGGAAUGACGGGUUGAGUGUGCUUGAUCAGAAAAGACUGGAAAUAUUAGCUGUACAAAGCCUUACUUUUUGGAAAAAAAAAAGCCAUGGAUACAUGUAUGUUUUUGUAAAUUAGGUUAAACACCGACAUUUAGUUGUGUAUGUGUCUCCUGUAGGAGUUCCCUCUUUGUCUGACUUCCACAACAGCUGACCCACUGCUGCUCAGACACAUUGAGUGAGACCUUACCCCGUCAGGGGAACGUCAAGUUCAGCUGAAUUAGAAAAGCGUUAGGUGAUCUCAGCGCACACCAGGGAGGGCGUGGCCGUCAGGACAGUGGAACGUUCACCUGCCAGGGUAGACAGUGCGCUGUUGGCAUCUCUUAGAACUCCAUGGGUAGACAGUGCGCUGUUGGCAUCUCUUAGAACUUGAUUGCUAAAAGUGGCUUUGCAUAUCUCCAUCCCACUGGCCCUCUCAAGUUAUAAAUUAGAAAGCUGUGGCCCACAAAGAUUAAAUGAGUUGCUUACAUUUAAGAAAUCCAAGUAGUUCUUUGUUCAUUUUAUCUCCAUCUACACCAUGCUAAGAGAGAAAAGUUUGCCCUUAAAGUGGUGGAGACGGGAGCCGGGGGUGGGGGAGUGGGGAGAUGCGGCCCUCACAAGUCUAAUUAGGUUCCAGUUAAUUAAGGCUUGAAAAUAGUGGAUUUGCAUCCUUGGAGUUGAUUCCUCCGUUCCCCGGAGAACAAGUGUAGGGGCCCGGCCUCGGCUGGAGGAGCCCGCAAGGCUGUGCGGCCAAGCACGCUGGCGCAGUCCUUCAUAAAUCAGCCAAAUGGCCCCACUGAGAAUCCCUGCGUUUGUGCCCCUCCCUCCGCCUGCUUUGCCCUCACAAAAACCACUUCUGCUCUGCGCUUUCCCGGCGGCCCAUUGUCGCUUCGUUUCCCUCCGUUUGCUGCGUCCGUGGUUUUGGUGGCAGUCCUAAAAAAUGUGUGUGUCUCGGCCAGCCUCAGCGAGAGCUUGGUCUCUGAGUGGGGACACGUUCAUGUCACCUGUUAUGCCAUCAGGUCAGAUGACUCUGCUAGACCACAAGAAGUCAGUCCACCAUGAUGCCCUGCAGAAAGAGUGGGGGCGAAGUGUGUGGUGCUGGUGUACGUGGGUCCCCCAGUCCACGGGCCGUGGCCAUCUCAGAAACAUGGGGAAGCCUGGCCACUGGGUGUUUGCAGGCAAGAACACUGUCUCGCUCAGGUUGGAGGUUGUGGGCCACCCUCGGGACGGCCUGGGCCAGGUUGUGAGCCACCCUCAGGACGGCCUGGGCCAGCUCCAGGCCCCUGGGGGCCGCCUCCUAGCAGCCUUGUCUGCUGCUCCCACGUGUUGUCAGAUGUUAGCAAGUUCUGCCAUGCUGCGAUGGGACACGGAUGGAGAAGUGGCGCCUUUGGGGCAGGAGUACCAGCCCCAGGGCCUCUCACCUGACUCGGAGUAGGUUCUCCCUCUGCUUUGCUGGCCGGAAGCGAGCGCAGGCACCAGCUGCCUCCUUGGGGCCGUCAGCUGGACAAGUCCAGCACUAGUGCCCUCAAAGCGCCCUCUUCACGGAAGCGCGUCUCCUGUUGUUAUUUUUAACUCUCAUCUCUCCGGUUUGGUUCUUUGUGUUUGUAGUCAGGGUGAUGAGAAUGGUUUGUAAGCACACCCAAAUCUGGGGCCUCAGCACGGGGAUGUGCCCUGGUUCUCAGCCGCUGGAGCCCGACUGACACACCUGGGAGGGCAGGACACAAAGGCCGCCCUGGGGCAGCUUCCUGUCCUGGAAGGCGAGGCUGCCCGGCUGUGCUGUCAAGACAAGAUGCCGGCUCUGCUGGGGGUUCUGGCAUAGCCACUGCCUUCCACAAGGCUGGCGGG